CACAUUUGACUUUAACAUCAUCAAAAACACUAAGUUGCCAAUAGAGUUUACAUAGAGAGGUCCAGAGUGAUGGAGAAGAUCAUUAAGUUUCCGGUUGUAGACUUGUCUAAGCUCAAUGGUGAAGAGAGAGACCAAACCAUGGCUUUGAUCGACGAUGCUUGUCAAAACUGGGGCUUCUUUGAGCUGGUUAACCAUGGAGUACCAUAUGACCUGAUGGACAACAUUGAGAGGAUGACAAAGGAGCACUACAAGAAAUUUAUGGAGCGAAAGUUUAAGGAAAUGCUUCGUUCCAAAGGUUUAGAUACUCUCAAGACCGAAGUCGAAGAUGUCGAUUGGGAAAGCACUUUCUAUCUUCACCAUCUCCCUCAGUCUAAUCUCUACGACAUCCCUAAUAUGUCAGACGAAUACCGGACGGCUAUGAAGGAUUUUGGGAAGAGGAUAGAGAAUCUAGCAGAAGAACUGUUGAAUUUGUUGUGUGAGAACCUCGGGUUAGAGAAAGGGUACCUGAAGAAGGUGUUUCAGGGGACAAAGGGUCCAACUUUUGGGACAAAGGUUAGCAACUAUCCACCAUGUCCUAAACCGGAGAUGAUCAAAGGGCUCAGGGCUCACACAGAUGCAGGAGGUCUCAUACUGCUAUUUCAAGAUGAUAAGGUCAGUGGUCUUCAGCUUCUUAAAGAUGGUGAUUGGGUUGAUGUUCCUCCUCUCAAGCACUCCAUUGUCAUCAACCUUGGUGACCAACUUGAGGUGAUAACCAACGGCAAGUACAAGAGCAUAAUGCAUCGUGUAAUGACCCAAAAAGAAGGAAACAGGAUGUCUAUUGCGUCGUUCUACAACCCAGCAAGCGAUGCCAAGAUCUCUCCGGCACCUUCUCUUGCGGCUAAAGACUCGGAAUACCCGAGUUUUGUGUUUGACGACUACAUGAAGCUCUAUGCCGGACUCAAGUUUCAGCCCAAAGAGCCACGGUUUGAGGCGAUGAAGGAUGGUGCAGGAACCACAGAUUUGAAUCCGACGGUCACAGUCGAGACAUACUAAAUAAAUGUCGGAUUUUCUAUGAAGGAAAAAAGAUAUGAGAAGACAACAAAGUGGGUUUGAUAUGUGUGGUAAAGUCAAUAAGUAUUGGUGUUACUGGUAGUAGAAGUGAUUAGCUGUAAUCACUGAUGAAUCUGGUGUGUUAAGUGUGGGAGUGUUUAUGCAAUAAUUAGUGUGGUACUAAUAAU